GACAGGCCCCUUUUCCUGAUUAGGAGCUUGUCCUCGGAACUGCACCGUUCAGGCGAGCUCCCUUCCUCGGCUUCUUGUAUCUUCUCGGCUCCCCGCACUGAGAGAGGAUACUGAGAACGAGACAGGAAGAAAAAGAGAAAGCCAGCAACUGAAAAGGAUUAUAAAUCCUUGCCGGGAAGACCGUUGACAACCUCAGAGCAAAAUGAAGUUGUUUCUCCUGCUUUCAGCCAUUGGGUUCUGCUGGGCCCAGUAUGCCCCACAAACCAAGUCUGGACGAACGUCUAUUGUCCAUCUGUUUGAAUGGCGCUGGGUUGACAUUGCUCUUGAAUGUGAGCGGUAUUUGGGCCCCAAAGGAUUUGGAGGGGUACAGGUCUCCCCCCCCAAUGAAAAUAUAAUAGUCACUAACCCUUCAAGACCUUGGUGGGAGAGAUACCAACCAGUGAGUUACAAGUUAUGUACCAGAUCAGGAAACGAAAAUGAAUUCAGAGACAUGGUGACCAGAUGUAACAACGUUGGCGUGCGUAUUUAUGUGGAUGCUGUCAUUAAUCAUAUGUGUGGAAGUGCAGCUGCAGGAACGGGCACCACUUGUGGAAGUUAUUGCAACCCUGGAAGUAGGGAUUUUCCAGCAGUCCCAUUCUCUGCUUGGGAUUUUAACGAUGGUAAAUGUAAAACUGCAAGUGGAGGAAUCGAGAGCUAUAAUGAUCCUUAUCAAGUCAGAGAUUGUCAACUGGUUGGUCUCCUUGAUCUUGCACUGGAAAAAGAUUAUGUGCGCUCCAAGAUUGCUGAUUAUCUAAACAAACUCAUUGACAUUGGUGUAGCAGGGUUCCGAAUUGAUGCUUCUAAGCACAUGUGGCCUGGAGACAUAAAAGCAGUUUUGAAUAAACUUCGCAACCUAAACACCAAGUGGUUCUCUGCCGGGAGUCGACCUUUCAUAUUCCAGGAGGUGAUUGAUUUGGGUGGUGAGCCAAUUAAAAGCAGUGAGUACUUUGGAAAUGGCCGCGUGACAGAAUUUAAAUACGGUGCAAAACUGGGCACCGUUGUGCGCAAGUGGAGUGGAGAGAAGAUGUCUUACUUGAAGAACUGGGGAGAAGGCUGGGGUUUCAUGCCUUCUGAUCGAGCCCUUGUCUUUGUUGAUAACCAUGACAACCAGCGAGGGCAUGGAGCUGGGGGAGCAUCUAUUCUUACAUUCUGGGACGCUAGACUGUACAAAAUAGCAGUUGGAUUUAUGCUCGCCCAUCCUUACGGAUUCACACGAGUGAUGUCAAGCUACCGUUGGGCAAGAAAUUUUGUGAAUGGAAAAGAUGUUAAUGAUUGGAUUGGGCCACCAAAUAAUAACGGGGUCAUUAAGGAAGUUACUAUUAAUGCAGAUACUACCUGUGGCAAUGGCUGGGUCUGUGAGCAUCGAUGGCGUCAGAUAAGGAACAUGGUUUGGUUCCGUAACGUGGUGGACGGCCAACCUUUUGCAAACUGGUGGGAUAACGGAAGCAACCAGAUAGCUUUUGGAAGAGGAAACAGAGGAUUCAUUGUCUUUAACAAUGAUGAUUGGCAAUUAUCUUCAACUUUGCAAACUGGUCUUCCUGGUGGCACAUAUUGCGACGUCAUCUCUGGAGAUAAAGUUGGGAACAGUUGUACGGGAAUUAAAGUCAAUGUUUCCAGUGAUGGCAGAGCUCAGUUUUCUAUUAGUAACUCUGCUGAAGAUCCAUUUAUUGCAAUUCAUGCUGAAUCCAAAUUAUAAAAUUUGAAUUAAAUACAUCUUCCAAGAGCAAUAA